GUACGAGUUCAAACCAAUUUUCUAGGUGCCAAAUGGAAAGCGUAGUCCAACCAAAGUGGAAAGUGUGACCGGGAUCCCCAUCCGUUCCAGCCCCCCCAGAACCCAGAGCUCCAAACCUAGGCCGGAGCCGCGGUGCAAGCAGCUACGUGGAUUGGACUUGGACGUCUGGCUCUGGAGGUCCCAAGUUCCCAACGCUUGCUGGAGUUGAGAUCUGGUGGGCUUCCGGAGGAGACGCCGACGGUUUGCGAGGUUUGCUGGCUCCGUGGCGUCGCGGAAGGUCAUGGAGCACCGCGCCUUCGACUGCAGCGGGAGUGAUGAUGAUCUCCCUCCAACAUAUCAAAUUAGAGUACCGAGAAUGCAUUUCAGUGGGAACAGAAGGCAAUUAGCAGGCCCAUUUUCUCAGCCAAGACCACACAACAAGUUGGAUAGCGAUAUACAUCAGAUUGAGCAACAGGCAUAUACUGGUGUUCUUAGAGCAUUCAAAAUGCAAUCGGAUGCCCUGACAUGGGAAAAAGAAAGUCUAAUUACUGAACUAAGAAGAGAGUUGAAAGUCUCUGAUGUGGAACACAGGAUGCUAUUAAACAUGGUCAAUGAAGAGGAGGCUAUCCAUAGAAUAAGGCAGUCAAGGCAGGGAUGUGGAAUGCAAUCUAGCUUGCCUUAUAAUAGCGUAGUUGAUCACAACCUUGGACCUAUCAAGCGGCAGAAGAAAUCACAUCCCAUCUAUUCACUCCCUGUGGAUCCCCAUUCACCCAGCAUGCCUUUGAAAGCAUUGGUGGACAACAAGAUAUAUACAUUAAAAAGUUCCCCACCCCCCACCGCACCCCGACAGCUGGCACCUGAAAACAUAAGACGGGGAUCUGCCUAUCAAACCCUUCCACAUCAGGGUGGUUGGCUGGCAUCUGAUGGUGCUACGAAAGGUAUGGAUGGGAGAAGCGGAAGGUAUCACACGAACGAGUAUUAUGCUUCACAUAAUGACAUGGGGCUUUUGAACUUCAAUCGUACUGACAUACCUGAUACUGAAACUCUUGUGAAAAAGGUGGAGAGGGUAUUAUCCCGGCCAGAUGUGUAUGCAAUUGAAAGGGCAAAGGAACUGCUUAUAGGCCAAGAGCAGUCAUUGCUUGAUGCAAUUGCCAAACUUGAUGAAGCAUCUGACCAUGAAAGCGAUGAUACACUCGUUGGGAGCUGGAUACACGCCGCCAUUGGGUGACGCGGGCAGCACGCCUCUGACAGGGGGCGAUGCUUUGGAGUUCAGACCUCUGGCAGCAGGCGGAGAGGCAACGAUAUGUGAAAUAGUGCUGUGUAAGUAAAACGCUACCUGUUGUUAGUCCGGUAGGUUAGGUUCUUUUGGCAGCCAGGCAAAUCUGUGUAUGCACCAUGCAGUGUGAUGGGAAUAUAUGUCUUGAGCACCAUCACAUGUGAUGUGAUGCUGUCUCGUUUCAUCUUCAACGUGAGUAAGCCCGACUCCUGGAAAUAUGGGUCGGGUCACUAGUUGUAGUAUUGUAGAUUCAUUGCCCUUCCCCAAGUUGCACAACUUGGAAAUAUGGGUCGGUUUCACUAGUUGUAGUCUUGUAGAUUCAUUGCCCUUCUCCAAGUUGCACAACUGCUAAUAUCUUAGGAUGUCCCUUGAAAUGGUAUGCUAUUUAAACUUUA